AUGGGAAUAUAUCUGCAUCUGCUGCUCUUGCAGAGCUAUUUUGUCUCGAAUUUUGUGUGCAAUGCCGUGGCUUUCGUGGAGGAGCCCGCCGGAGGCAGGUCGGACGGGUACUGCGGGCGGAUCCUUCGGGCGCAAACGCAGGGGACCCGGAGAGAAGGGCACCAUGAGUUCAGGCUUAGGGUAGAGGGAGACCCGGAGACCUACCUGCCGGGCAGCACAUACAGAGUGGUGCUUCUGGCGAGCAGCCCUGCUUAUUUCAGAGGCUUCACCCUCAUCGCACUGAAGGAGGGCAGAGAGGGCACCACAGAUGACGACUACGCCGGCCAAUUCCAGAUUAUCGAUGAUGAUGAGACUCAGUUCAUGACCAACUGUCCUCCUGCAGUGACAGAGAGCACGCCACGCAGAAGAACCAGAAUACAGGUGUUUUGGACCGCACCGCCCAGUGGUACUGGCUGCGUUAUUCUCAAGGCCAGUAUUGUUCAGAAAAGAGUCAUCUAUUUCCAGGAUCAAGGUUCACUCACCAUUCGACUUUGUGAGAAAGAGCGUGUUCUUGGUGAAGUGACUGAAGUACCUGCCAUUGAAUGCUGCGCCUGUGGAACGGCCAAAUACAGACUCACCUUCUAUGGCAACUGGUCAGAAAAAAUACAUCCAAAAGACUAUCCAAGACGUGCCAACCACUGGUCUGCCCUGAUUGGUGCAUCACACACCAGGAGUUAUGUGCUGUGGGAAUACGGUGGCUAUGCUAGCGAGGGAGUUCGACAGGUAGCUGAGCUUGGCUCCCCCAUCAAGAUGGAAGAAGAGAUUCGACAGAAGGGUGAUGAAGUGCUGACCGUCAUUAAAACCAAGGCUCAGUGGCCGGCAUGGCAGCCACUCAACCUGCGAGCAGCUCCCUCGGCAGAGUUUUCUGUGGAUCGGACCCGGCAUCUUAUGUCCUUCCUCACUAUGCUUGGGCCAAGCCCAGACUGGAAUGUGGGGCUGUCAGGAGAGGAUCUCUGCACCAAGGACUGUGGCUGGGUCCAGAAACUUGUGGCAGACCUCAUCCCAUGGGACGCAGGCACAGACAGCGGUGUCACAUAUGAGUCACCAAACAAGCCCACCGUUCCUCAGGAGAAAAUUCGACCUUUGACCAGCCUGGAUCAUUCUCAAAGCCCGUUCUAUGACCCAGAAGGUGGGGCCAUUACUCCUGUUGCUCGGGUAGUUGUGGAACGUAUUGCAAGGAAGGGGGAGCAGUGUAAUGUGGUUCCAGACACCAUUGAUGACAUAGUGGCUGACAUUGGACAGGAGGAGAAGGUGGAAGACGACACACCAGAGACGUGCAUCUACUCCACUUGGUCUCCCUGGUCAGCCUGUAGCAGCUCGACGUGCGACAAAGGUCGCAGGAUGAGACAAAGGAUGCUGAAGGCUCAGCUGGAUCUCAGCGUACCUUGUCCACACACCCAGGACUUCCAGCCCUGCAUGGCCCCGGGAUGCAGUAUGGAGGAGCCUUCAACGUGCAUGAUGUCAGAGUGGAUCAGCUGGUCUGCCUGCAGUGUUUCCUGUGGGAUGGGGAUGAGGUCCAGAGAGCGAUACGUCAAACAGUAUCCGGAGGACGGCUCGCUCUGUCAGCUUCAGACUGAAGAGACUGAGAAGUGUGUUGUCAACGACGAAUGCUCUCCCAGCAGCUGUGUUGUGACAGAGUGGGCGGAGUGGGACCCCUGUAGCGUCACCUGCGGUCUUGGCAUGAGGAGACGGGAGCGAAUGGUGAAGAUGCCCCCUAUCGACGGAUCGAUGUGUAAAACUGAGGUUGCUGAGAUGGAGAAGUGUAUGAUGCCAGAAUGCCACACCAUCCCCUGUAUGCUGUCCCCCUGGUCGGACUGGAGUGAGUGUAGCGUGACGUGCGGCCGGGGAGUUCGAAAGCGUCAGCGGAUGCUGAAGUCUGAUCCUGCUGAGUGCACAGAGGAGCUGGAACAAACAGAGAAGUGCAUGCUGCCUGAGUGUCCGAUUGACUGCAUGAUGUCAGAGUGGUCGGAGUGGUCGGAGUGCAACAAGUCCUGCGGUAAAGGACACACCAUCCGCACCCGCAUGAUCAAACUGGAGCCGCAGUUUGGGGGCAGUUCUUGUCCCGAGACCAUCCAGAGGAAGAAAUGCAAGAUCAGGAAGUGUCGUACAAAAGGAGGAGGCGGGAGUAAGCCCAAAGGACCAGCUCCAGCUGCGUGCCGCAUGCAGCCAUGGACCAGCUGGACUGAAUGCACUAAACCAUGCGGAGGAGGAUUACAGGAGCGGUUCCGGACGGUGAAGAGAAGGGCAAAGGGCAACUGCAAGGACCGGCGGGAGAUUCGUGCCUGUAACAACCAACCCUGCUAGGGGGCACUACUGAGCAACGGAGGGAAAAGGAGCACUGCGAAUAAAAGAAACAAUUCAUUCAUGACAGAAAUAAAAAGAAGGGAGAAAAUUUGGCAAGUUUGUAACUUUCAAAAGGAAGUAAAUUGGUGAGGAGGCAGAACCUAAGGAAGCAGAUAGGAUGGGAAAGAAGGAGAAGUUUUGAUGUUUAGUGAAGCCAUUGUAGAAAUUAGUUAAAAGGAAUGGUUUUAAUUUUAGAACAGAAAGAAAGUAUUAGACAUUAAUGUUUGUGUCCUGCAAAAAUGCUGUCAGGGAAAUAACCAAAAAGCUCUGCUCACCUCAGAAGAACAAAAACUCUCCCAUUAUCUGCAAUAUUGGUUUUAAACUAUGCUGACAUCAAAAAACUAUAUCAAAUAUAUUAACCGUAUAUAAGAAAGAUAAUCUGAUCUUUAACAAAAGUUAUUGACCUGUAAAGAUACUUUUCCACACAGACUAAGCUAAAUUGUUUUGAUGAAAAUCACGUGUAAACUAGAAAAAUUAUAUAGCAAUGUGUAAAAAUGUCUUCAAUUAAGUGUAUUUACCCUUUAUCAUCUGACUAGGCAAAUGAGAGAGUUUGCCAAUGGAAUGAGUAUUUUUACAUACUUAGAUAAUAUGCACCUAAAAUAAGACGAUGCAAUUGUGUUUUCUUAUUUUAAAUGUAAAUUGUCUUAUUCCAUUGGCAAAAUGUCUCUUUUACCUCCUCAUUCCAAGAACAAAUGCACUUAUUUUAAGAAAAAUGACUUAUCUAGAUUUCGAUUUUUUUCCAGUGUAAAAUGUGCAGCACAUGAUGGUCUAUUAUGUAGCAAACUAUUUCUAGAUCGCUCCCCAAUGUAAGCAAUCUGAAAAAAAAAAAGCAGUUGGCUGUAAUUUGUUUUAUUUCUGAGAGGAGAAUAGAACAGCUACGGGCAAACAUUUCACAUUUAAAACAGGGCAUCAAUGCUAGUGGUGCAAACCUUUCCAUCCAACUCACAGCAGGCGAGCUAAUAAAGCUAAUUACCAGAAACAAGCGAUUCAUUUCAAAUGGGAUUCUCUUGGUUUCAGUUUGUCUUGGUUUGGAAGAGCUUUCUAUAAAACUCAUCAUCUCUAGGGCUUUUUGCAGGACAUAAAUACAUAAUUUAGGGCUCCAAAAUGUACUGUAAAACUAUCUAACCACACUUAUAAAA